GCCUUCCUCUGCUCCGGGAAGUUGGCUCUCCUCCCUCCAGCAGACAUGUCGUGCUACAGCCCGUGCCUGCCCGCUGCCUGCGGCCCAGCCCCGCUUGCCAACAGCUGCAACGAGCCGUGCGUCCUGCGCUGCGCCGACUCCAGCGUUGCCAUCCAGCCCCCGCCAGUGCUGGUGACGCUGCCGGGCCCGAUCCUCAGCUCCUUCCCGCAGAGCACAGCCGUGGGAUCCAGCGCCUCGGCUGCCGUGGGCAGCUCUCUGAGCGCUGCCAGCGUGCCCAUCGCUUCUGGGGGCUCCCUGGGGCUGGGGGGCUCUGGCUGGGGCCGGGGGCUCUGCGGGGCUCUGGGACGUGGCAAUCUCUUCUGCUGAAGCCCGUGCAUUGCCUGCCCGUGCUCCAGCGCCAGCAGCCUCCAGGAGAGCCCUGGAGACAGCCCUGAGGCCUCCUUUCUUCCUCAUGAAACCUCCACUUUUUCCCUUUUACCCUGUUUUGCUUCAUGCUCCCCAUCAAAUUCCUUAAUCUCCUUCUUCUUCUGGAGAGGAGCCGAGCUCCGACCACUCUGCCUGCAGGAAGGGGCCUGCGCUGCCCUUCUCUCUCUCCCCAGGAAUCCUCCCUUCCCUUCUCUUGCUCUGCUCUCCCCUCACUUGGCACCUCUUACCUGAGAUUUACUUGGCCUCCAAA